GUGUAAUCCUCGCUGGUGCGUUCAAUGACAACAAACAUCGAGUUUAUAACGGAUGGCGGCCACGACCGGAUAAAAAUCCACCACAGAGCUGGUUUCUGCUGCCAGGACUUGGCACGCCCUCCUUCACCCGCAGCCCGACGUGCGCAGCGCCCCACCUCACCGGUCCUCCUCGCAGGUGGUCUCACGUGGAGGGAGCAUCCCGUCUCUCCUUUGGGCUUGGUCCGGCAGAGCCCCAGGAGUCGAGGCUCAAACCACCAGACGCUCGGCGACGGCAGCAGCCAUGGGCAAGGCCCAGUCUUUCCUGGCCAAGCCUAAAGACGAGAGUAAAGACGCGCUGACGACUGCUGGAGAGCUCAAAGACGGUCAGACGGAGGAGGACGGAAAGAACGGCGACGUUUCUCAGUUCCCCUACGUGGAGUUUACGGGACGGGACAGCGUUACGUGUCCGACCUGCCAGGGCACUGGCAGAAUCCCUCGUGGUCAGGAGAACCAGCUUGUGGCUCUGAUUCCGUACAGCGACCAGAGGCUGAGGCCAAGCAGGACGAAGCUGUACGUCACCAUAUCGGUGUCUCUUUGCCUGCUGCUGUCUGGGCUGGCUGUUUUCUUCCUGUUCCCUCGCUCCAUUGAUGUCACCUACGUGGGAAUAAAGUCUGCCUACGUUUCCUACGACCAGGAGAAGCGGAUCGUCUAUCUCACCAUUACAAACACUCUGAACAUCACCAACAACAACUACUACGCCAUAUCGGUGACCAACAUCACAGCACAGGUGCAGUUCUCCAAGACGGUGAUCGGCAAGGCCAAGUUCAGCAACACGACGGUGAUCAGGCCGCUGGACGAACGGCAGCUCGACUACACCGUUCCCACCACCAUCGCUGACGAGAUGAGUUACAUGUUUGACUACUGCACCCUGCCCACGAUCAAAGUUCACAACAUAGUGGUCAUGAUGCAGGUGACGGUGACGACGUCAUACUUCGGUCACACGGAGCAGGUCUCUCAAGAAAUGUACCAGUAUGUGGACUGUGGGGGGAACUCCACCUUCCUGCACGGUCACGUGCAGGUCUACCAAUAAGGAAGAAGCGCAGGACGAACGUCUCCUAAAAUAGUCCUCCAUCUUUGAGUCUCGGCCGCCUCGUUCCUUUGACCGUUUCAGGCGGACCUGCAGGAGAAGCGUUCUUUCCUUUUGGCUGUUUGAGGUACCACAGUGAGAGGUUUGGAGGGUUUCCAUCCGGACUGCAGACGAAUAAACGGAUAUUUAUUGAAGCUGGUGGAGAGCUGUUCCGUCGUAUCAUUCCUCUGUGAUAAAAGUACCGGAGAGCCACGGUUCUGAUGAGUCUGGUCCACAUCCAGCAGACUCAGAGGAACGUGGGAUUCCUCCUCCUUUACUACUUUACAAUAAUUAAAACGUUCGGAAUGUGAGACAAGAACAUUUAGCACAACAAUUAAAUAAAUAAAUGUAUAAAUCUACCGAGCUGAUCUUAAAAACCAACUUUUUUUUUUCCCGUACAGGCAACGUUUUAUUUUAUUUUAAGUAUUUUCUUCAGUGUGGUUUAGUGCGAUAUAACUUGUCUCAUGAUGUUUUUGCUUUUCUUUACGUUACAUUUGAGCAAUAUUAAUUAAAAGGCUAAUGUGAGAAGACUUUUAAGAAAAACACAAUUUAAUGGAAUAGUUUAAAUAAUUCACAAAGAAAAUCUGUAAAAGGGAAAAAAAUGAAAUUACAGUUUAAGAUAGAUAAAUGUGAGAACUCAUUAAAAGCUGUAAUCUGAUUACUGCUGGUUACUCUUUGUGCUCGUUAAAAGAUGUUCUGUUGUAGGAUGUGAUGUCAUUUACAAUAAUGUUUUUUUUUAAUCACUCUCAAGUUUAAAUCAUGAAUUAACUCCUGGUUCUGUUUUGACCUCGUUUGUUUCACUUCUUAAUCUGAAAUAUUUUCUGAAAACCAGUCUGAACUCCACAUUUGUCGUGAAAUAGAUGUUUGUAACAACAUAUCAUUCAUUUAACAAGUUACUCAUUUAAAAUGUGACUUUUUCACCAUUUUUACACUUUGAAUUCAGCUGUUCUUCUCACAGGAACAGUACAGAUGUGGAAACAUUCCAACAUCUGCUUUUUGAUUUAGUGAUUUUCUU